CUGGUGUGAGUGACAGAGCACCAAAAGUAUGGAGUGGAACUCUCUGUUACUCCUCCUGGAAGCAGCCGAGUACUUGGAGAGAAGAGACCGAGAAGCCGAACACGGCUACGCUUCGGUGCUGCCCUUCGACAGCGAGUAUUCCAGGAAAAAAACAAAGACGGCCGCCUUGGCCAGGAAAUCUCAGAAUAACAGGUCUUCACACAACGAGCUAGAAAAGCAUAGACGAGCCAAACUGCGGUUGUAUUUGGAACAGCUCAAGCAGCUUGUGCCCCUGGGGCCGGACAGCACCCGCCACACGACCCUCAGCCUUUUGAAAAGAGCCAGGAUGCACAUCAAGAAAUUAGAAGAACAGGACCGUAAAGCCCUGAACGUGAAGGAACAGCUGCAGCGUGAGCAUCGCUACCUCAAACGCCGCCUGGAGCAGCUCUCGGUGCAGGGCAUGGAACGCGUGCGCACUGACAGUACCGGCUCGACCAUCUCCACGGACUCGGAGCAAGAAGUGGACAUUGAAGGAAUGGAGUUCACCCCAGGGGAAAUGGACAGUGUUGGGAGUGCCAGUGAUGCCGAUGACCACUACAGUUUGGGCAGCGGCUCCAGCGACAGCAGCUACUCCCACUCCCGAAGAUUGUCGGGCCGGCUCUCGUAGGGCCCAAGCAAGCACCCCUGACCCCGUCCACCUCCGGAGCAUCCAACUGAAGCACUCAGCCCGAAGACCAAUUCUACCCGUGUCCACUGUGGCUCUCCCAGGAAACUCCAGCCACUGGCCUCUGCUGAAGAAGCGGGGGCUUUGAACCCCUGGUUCCCUGCCCUGGGACCACACCAAGUAGCUCUUGUCCACCCCGGUUUUUACUGCAGAGAUCCAUGGUUAGGUACAGUUGUGACUUAAAAGUUAGCUUGAUGUAGCUGUAACUAUAAAUUUUUUUAAAGUCAUAAUCAUUCCAUUGAAGAAGUAUUAAAUGUGAUUGCUGGAAAUAUGCAUGACGGUGUAAGAAGUUUAAUAAGAAACCAAAAGCAAACCAAAAAACAGGAAAAUGAAAGAAACCAAGAGAGACCCCUUGGAAAUCUUGAAAAGUGACUGGACUUGAUGCUGGGAUUGUGGGCCAGCUCCUUCCUCGGGGAGGAGAAGGUGCCCCAACAGCACCUCCUAGCCUAUUAGUGUUCUGGAAGCUUUGUUUGCCCUUGAGAAAUGAUGAAUGGGUCAUGGCCAACUUAAGAUUGUGUAGUAGAAACUCUUCCCACAGUUUUACGAAAGGCAGAACCCCCUCCCUUCAAUCCCACCCUACUAAUUCACUCUCUAAACCGAGGUUUGCUCUGAGAUCACUCCCUUAUUAACUAGUGACCACUGUGCUUCAGACUGGGUGGAUGGAAAGCCAGGUUAAAGAAUGACUUCAUGAGGGAUGUUGAGUGGCCUUUGGCUUUGCGUGUUUAGCAUCCUAAUGGCAGCAAAGCUCUCUUUGUCUGGUCGGCGGGGCAGGGUGGCCUCGUGAGUGAGCUCCCACGGAGACAGCCAGGGAGCCCCACUUCCUUCCUUUCAUGGCUCUUGCCUAAUCCUCCAGAGCUUAGAGACUCCAUGUUAGUGCCGACUCUUGGAGACAUAGGCAUGGGGAAGGUGGAUAGGCCCCUUCUCUUUUCCUUUUUUUUUUUUUUUCAGCAGCCACUACCUUUGGUGGGAAAGGCCCAGCUCCUAUUUCCAGUAUUCUGUUAGAGGACAAGUAAAUCAGUUUUCUCCUUUUGCACACCAUGUAACAGCAUUUUUCUCUUCUUAAAAAAUGCAAAAAAAAAAGUUAUGCUUUAAAACAACCCAACUUAUAUAGCAUUUGUCCAGCUUUUCUGAACAUAUUUACCCAUGUUGUAGCAAUACUAUGAAGAUGUAUUUUUUAAUACAAAUUCUGCUUAGUGAAGUCAUUAGGGCUUGGCUUGCUGGGUAAGAAAAAAAUGGACCAGUCUUUGCAUUAGUAUUAGAGAAGGUCUUUUCAAAAAAAACAAAACAAAACAAAACAAAAAAAAACAAAACAAAAAAAGAAAAUGGCUAUAAACACUUUUAGAUAAGUGGUUUUAGCAAGUGUAGUCUAUAUUUCCUGUAAGAGAUUUUGUAUUAUAUUUUCCUAAAUGUUCUCAUUUCCUUGCAUUGGGAGGGAGUGGUACAGACCCAGAGUCCCAGGGACUCUUCACCGUUGUCAUAUCGUGCCUUGGUGACUGUGUGUCCCUCUCUUUGCAUUAUUCAAAAGACAGUGAAGCCUGACCAAGUGAGUAAGUGGUUUCCUCUGUGGUCCUCCAUGUGAGCGGUCAGGUUUCCUUCAGUCUCCCCUCCCAGGAAUUAGCCAGAGCUGGGGACCUCUUCCUCUCCUCCUGCGUCCCUGUGAAAUGGGGAUGGUGGAACGGGAGGGAGAUGAGGGUUCCCUGUCUAGCUCAUUUUCUUAAGCGCACACACAGCCCUGUUAUAGGAGUGGCUUAUAAAGCUGGGAUCUCUGUGAGACAGAAACUCAUUGGCUUCUGAAACAAGAGCACAUUACUGUACUGUAUCACAUCCUAGAACUUGUCACGGUGCUGCCAUCUUGGAUUUAUUUUUUUUGUAGUGUUUGAGCAGUCCUCACAAUACUGACCCUCAGUCCUCAGACAAAGACCCAGCUGUUCAUUCAGCACCCAAUGUACGUGUCCUCCCACUGCUUUUACAGUACAGGAUGUAGAAACCUGAAGACAUUUUAUGGCAGCUUUUUUUUUUUUUGGAGGGUGGUGCCUUGUUGCGCUUUUACUUACCACAGUGGGGGAAUCUUGCUAACAAGAAAAAGGUCCCCUUUCAGUUAUGUAACCUGACUCACAGGCACCCCUUCCAUCAGCUCGGGGUGGGGGCGGAGAAGGGCUCUGGAUCAUCAACUUUGGCAGCUGAUUCUGAAAACCAUUAACCUUUUCUGUGAUGCAGGUUUUGGUAUUACGUUCAAUAUACCUUGCAGAUGACUAAAAUCCUCGUUUGUCGGGGGGGAAAAUACACAGCAAUAGACUUAUAUUGUGGGUAGCUGAGAAACAGCAAAACUUUACCUAGCUCCUUUGGUGCCUCUAUAACUGAUUUCCAAAUCAUGGAAACAAAAUCAUGAGUUUACUUUAAGUAACACACAAGACUGUUAGGCAUGUCAUCCACAGUGAGGUUUGGAUCAACUGUUGGCUGUUCAUUCGUUCUAUAAUGAGCAUGCUCCUGAAUUGUAAAGUGUUUCCUUUCCUGAGACCCUCUUGCACAGAACCUGCUAAUAAAUGAAAAUUUUUAAAUGAACAGAGGGAUGGGUGAGAUUUUAAAAAAAUGAAUGUGAUUGUCAUUGAAUGCGAAUUUGAAAUAGUCCCUUCUUGGUGUCCCUUCCACACACAUCCCCUCUGCCCCCAGCAAGAAUAUGUAGAUGCUGAUUUGGGGAGAUCUUGCAAAACCCAAUUGUCCUGACUUUAUCAAUCCUGUCUCAAAUACUGCCAAGCCCAGAAGUCAGAGGUGUGAGAGUAUGUCUCUCCUUCUCCUACUCAUUUCUCUCUUAAUGCCCAACUGGUUCCCAAAGAGUGAGAAUUCCAAAGCUACUCAAUCCACAGCCCAUCCUGGAGCUACCAGGUUUUGCAGGGCACAGCAAUGUGGAGCACAAAUUGUUUUUCCCUCUUUGGAAGUUGGUCAUUAAUUUGGGCAACCCCCUUGCCCCACUGUGAUUUGGCAACUGGGGUUCCCCCAAUUUCUUUAUUCUAUAGGUUUCUAACAUUUUUGCUUAAUAAUGGUAUGGGGGAGGUGUGACUUUGAGGAGUGACUCUUUGUCUUAUUGGACUUGGGAUUGUCUAGAAACAACUUUUAUUAUAGAAAAAUACUAGUCUGGCAUCUGGAAAUUGAAUGUAACUGAUUGUACACUCUCUCUCCUUUGCCCAUAUUUGCGAGUGUUGUCUACCACUUUCUAUUUGUGACUUUGGGAAACUCAUUCCAUUUGUGGGGGUUAGCUGUCUCAUCUGUAAAACUGAGGACUCCAUGACCUCGAAGUUUGAAAACCCUAUGACCCUUUGUCUUUUUCUGCCAUCUGGUACCAAGAAGCAGGGAUUGCCUGUGGGAAGGGUAGCCUGGCUUCAAAUAAGGCAGUUUAAUUCCACUUGGACACUUUCAUACCAGGAUCUGUUACUAGCUGGGUUAACCAGCACAGGACAGGAAGCCCCAUUGGCCACAAGGGCCUUGGGGUUACACAGCCCAAAUUAUCCCUUACCUAACACUCUGUAAAUGAAUGAACUUUGAAAAAUUACCAUUUGCACACAUGCUAGGAAUAGACACAGUGGCCCUGAGAGUGACUGUCAUCGUACCCCCAACCUCUCCGAAUAGUUUUGUGCAGCAUGGCUGCAAACUCAAUUCAAUGAAAUUUACAGGUGCUCAGGACACAGAAUUUUCAAAUUUGAUCAUGAAUCAUGACUACAUUUAAAUUUGUUUUUUGCUAAUUUUUUUUUAAUCAAACCCAUUUAUCAGUGAACCAAAAUACAAAGCCAUGUGUAAGAACACAGAGAGAUUAAAACCCUCCCAUGCUCACCUCUCUUACCUUCCUGAAAGGAGGCCUGGGCACACAGUGAACAAGGAGGCUGAGCAGACAGUGCCCCAGGGCAAGUCUCACUGCCCUGAGCAUGGUCUGUGCUUACUCAGAAUGUUCAUUUUCUGGUUUCCUUAAUCACCACCUACUAUCGUCUUCUUACAAAAUAUUUUCUCUGGAUAAAAUAGAAAUUCCCCCAGUCAUUCAAGCUAUAGUCGAGAGAGCAGUUGCCAGUGCACAGCCAUCUAGAUCUCAAACACCAGUGAAGGAAGGGCCUCAGAUAUGGUGUUCUUUAGGGAAACUCUUCCCAAGGUGGAUUUUGGAGUCUGUUUGUGUGAUAAUAUAGGACCCACCUUCUCCCAUCUUUUCAGACCAGGAUAGGAGAGAAGAAAGUGAGUCUUGUGUAGAACAAUGUCUCAGUUUGGUGUUUUAAAAGUGGUCCCUUUUUUAAAGGGGGUUCAUGGUCAGUAUAAAAUCUAGUUUGCUCCAUUAUCCUCUCUAGGCUUCUUUUCUUGUUACCCUUCUUACAAAGGGGAGCAGGAUCCAGGGAUAAAGAAAGUUAGUGGCUGGUAUGUCCCCAUCUAGGUUGGACUAUAUUAACUCUGAGAGCCCCUUUAGCUCCAAAAUCUUGGGUUUCUAUGUGAGAGAUACAGAAAAUCACCUCCCAGGCAGGUCCCUGAAAAAAAAAAUGCCAAGGGAGACAGGAAGCCUGGGAGUGGAAACUCUCAAGAGACCCAAUUUGGCUAGCUUGGUUAGUGAUUUAGCUUUCCCUAAAGGACACCCUUGCUGACCCCACUCCACACCUAUGUGAAGGGUCCUGGACCUGCAGUCCUUCAUCCUACAAAGCUGCACCGUCUCCUAGGUGUGAAGGAGGCCACAAGAAGUCAUCAUGGAGGCUUCUGUGGAGAGACAGGCCGUGUUGAUCAAAGAGCCACACCAGAGGUGCUGUGUGGAGUGGGGGAGAGGGGAAGAGGGAAUCACUUGACUGGGAAUUUCUUGAGGUGCCCUGGGCAGGUUCUGUGCCAGAGAUAUUUUGAAUAUGUACCUGAAAAGGAACGCUUUGUAGGUGGCAAGAUGUAUUAUAUUGUAAAGAUUCAUUUGUACACACGUUCCUGGUGCUUGCUGCUGCCUGCAGCUCCCACCAAAGGUAUUGUGUUGUAUCUGUCUUUCAUUGUAAUAUAAAUACAAAUUUUUAUACCUCAUA